AUGGGAGCAACCACCCAGCCAUGGCCUCAGGUCCCGGUGGGGAACAAAGACCACACGAGUGCGGCAGUCGUGAUCAUUGGCGCCGGCAUCUCUGGCAUGUGUAUGGCCAUUGACCUCAUCAAACGUAACCAAUGUCACAACUUCAUCAUCGUCGAGAAGAGUGCAGGAAUCGGUGGAACUUGGAAUGACAACAAGUACCCCGGCUGCUGCUGCGAUGUAUGGAGUAUGCUAUAUAGUUACUCGUUCGAGCAAAAUCCCGAUUGGACGAGAGCCUACCCUGGACAAGAGGAAAUUCUUAACUAUCUUCGCAAUGUUGCCCACAAAUACAAGCUCUAUAAGUACAUUCGAUUCAACACCGCAGUCGAGGCUGCCACCUGGGAUGACUCGGCUGCGAAGUGGAAAAUCGAUGUCAAGGUCACUGGCGACAAGGAAGCCGAGUUCUGUCCCUCGUACACCAUUGAGUCUGAUUUCCUAAUCUCAGCUGUUGGCCAAUUGAACCAGCCACGAUACCCCGAAAUCGAGGGUCUGGAAAACUUCAAGGGCAAGCUCAUGCACUCGGCCCGCUGGGACUGGAGCUACAAGCUCGAGGGCAAGAAGAUUGGUAUCAUUGGCAACGGUGCAACGGCCGCUCAGAUCAUUCCAGAGAUACUGCCAUCGUCUAAGGACCUCACCGUCUAUCAACGAUCCCCCAAUUGGGUCAUUCCUAGACAAGAUGGACCCGUGAGCAAGCUGACUAGGGCCAUAUAUCGCUACCUUCCCCCGGUCCGAUGGCGAGUUCGAGCGAUGCAGAUGGACUAUCGAGAGUCCUUCCACCCAGCUAUUUUCGACACUGACUCCGAAUUCGCCGACCAGAUCCGCGAGUGGUGCGAUGGGCUCUUAAAAACACAGAUCCCGAACCGGCCUGACUUAUGGGACAAACUCCGACCAGACUAUUCACCCGGCUGCAAGCGAGUCAUCAUCACCGACGACUACUACCCAGCGAUCGCCAACCCCAAGACGACACUCGAGACGAACAAGAUCGUCCGCGUCACGGAGACCGGCGUCGAAGUCGAGGACGGCGCAGGCGGUACAACGCACCACGAGCACGACCUCCUCGUCCUCGCGACCGGCUUCCGCACCGUCGAAUUCCUCUUCCCCAUCAAAGUCACAGGCUCGAACGGCCGCACACUCGCAGACGUGUGGAGCGGCGGCGCCUCGGCCCUCUACGGCACCACCGUCCCCUCCCUCCCCAACUUCGGCAUGUUCUACGGCCCCAACACCAACCUAGGCCACAACUCGAUCAUCCUCAUGAUCGAAGCGCAGUCCCGCUACCUCAACACCCUCGUGUCCGCCGUGCUGGACGCACGGAACCGCGGCGAGCGCAUCGGAAUCAUGCCCAAGCAGUCGACCACCGACGCGUUCAACGACAAGAUCCAGGAGAUCCUCGCCAGGAGCAGUUUUGCGGACCCCAAGUGCGGGUCGUGGUACAAGAACAAGGAUGGAAAGAUCACGAACAAUUGGUCGGGCACGGUGGUCGAGUACCAGAACACUCUGUCGAAGGUCGAUUGGGACGACUUCGAGGUUGCGAAUAAGGGCCAGAGCGCGAGUAAAGUCGUUUUCGGCGGAGGGAAGAAGGAGAGCAAGAUUGGAAGGGUAAAGGAGGAGACGAGCGUUAGUAAUUUGGGGUUGCUGAUGGGUGGGCUCAGUGUUGCUGCUGCGGGAGCGGCUUGGAUUUAUAGGGGAAAUCUCCCCAAGAGGUUGGGGUUGUAGUGUCAAGGAGUUAGUUACCUUAGCGAUUUGGAUGGAGAAGUCUGUUUUCUACGGUGCACUUUGGAACGGUUUGUACUUUGAAGUUUUCAUCAGUAG